CGUCUAAAUUGCUAAGUUUAUCUUCAGCUACUUUUAUUCCUUUCUUUAUUUUUACAUAUUUUUGAUUUAACCCGUUUAAUUUAUUUCCUAGAAUCUUCUUUUGUUCGUUUUUUAUGUCUUCUAAUUUUUUACUCAAUUCUUUAUCAUGCUUGUAUUUUUCCUCGGAAACAACUGUCUCAGUACUUUUCUUUUUAAAUUCCUCAUCACUCAUCUCCUUCAAUUCUUCUCUUUCAAUUUUAAUUUCUUCAAUCAAUUCAACAAUUCCCAUAGGUGUUUCUGCUUUAAUUUGUAUUGUUUUUUCUGUCUCAAAUAUUUUUACAUAA